CCACGCCAUACACGUAGUUCGUGCCGGAGAAGACCAAAGUCGUCUCGUCUGUAUUAUAUUGAUGGUGGUUUGCUAACGACAAAAUGGUUUACCUUCCCCUGAUAGUUGGCUUUUCACUGGUUGCUUUUGGUUACUCUCAAGAUCUAGAACUUCAGCACUCCUCAACAUCAAACUAUAUUAUAAGAGAAACCACAGAAUCCGCACGUUCCAGUACCACAACCUCCACGUCCGAUCCCCAUGAGAAGGACAAAGAAAAGGAGACCGAAAUAUCCAAAGUCCAGAAGGCUCUUUCCUGGCUCGUGACACAGAGAGAGACCGACUGGGGUUGGAGGAACGACACCCCCAAAGUAUUGACGGCCCUCCAACUCGCCCCAAGGGAUGAAACCUCCAAGCAACUGGCGGAUCCUCUGGAGAUCCAAUUGUCUCUUAAGCAGAUGGAAGUGGAGAUUGUUGUUUUGUUGUGGAGACAUCACGAGGUCCCUUUAACCCCACCGAAACUAGCCCAAUACUGCCUGGCCCUUUGCGCCAUGUGUUCGGACCCAAGACAAUUUCACGGACACGAUCUCAUUGGAAGUCUGCAACACCACGAGCCGAUACACGACAUCGAGUUUGCAUACGCCACCCUUGCGGCGUGUACAGCGAGAGCACAUGUCAGAAAGAAGCAAAUUCGGAGGUUGUUGGACAUCGCAAACACCGCCAAAGACCAUAAUAUAGACACUGUAGCAAUGACAAUUUUGGCUCUAAGAUGCAUAGUCAAAGAUCACAGACAUAGAAAUUUGCAACACACUUUGCGAAGACCCAGUAUAAAUCUAGCAAGGCAACAGCAACAAGAUGGCGGUUUUGGUAAUUUGUAUAAUACAGCACUCACACUACAAGCUUUACAAGACAUGAACGAAAUUAAUCACCACUGGAACCGAACCGCUGCUAAAGCAUACAUAGAGUCAAAACAAGACCCGGAUGGCGCUUUUACUGACCCUAACUUAACUGCCGAAGUGGUCCUCGCUUUAUCCGAAAGAGGACUUGGACAUAUCAGAAACACUGAUUGUGGAAAAUACGAUAGUGAUUUGGACAAUCAUGUUGAAAUCGACGGCCUAACCAAAUCAUUAUCAAAUCACGGCAACGAUUCCGAAAUACGAAACGUAACAGUUUCGUAUACCCUAUGGGUCGGUUCCAACGUAACCGAAAACGCCACAAUAAGCGUAACUGCGCCCAGAAAUACGUCUUUCUACAAUAUCAUGCAGUUAGCAUCAGAAUUGGAUCCACAUUUCGCUUUCGAGGCGUCCGAAUGGCCGAACGGUCACUACGUUCACACUUUGGCUGGCUACAAGGAGGAACCAAUGGGUUACCAUUAUUGGUUGUUGUAUAGAUUACCAGAGCUUCCUGAUCCAUUGACUCCGCCUGCCAAUCAGCUAGUAGCUCCUGUGGGUGUGGAUGACCUACUAAUAGAAGAAGGAGACCAUUACCUUUUCUGGUACAAGAAACUGUAAAAAAACUAACAAAAUACAUUUUGGUUUAUGUUAGAAAAAAGUUCUUUUUUAUAUAUGUUAAGUGUGUGCUCUGAUCAUAUCCUCUCUUUUUUAAGCUUCGUGAUCGUGCGAAAUUGUUCGAAAAUAUUUAAACUAAAGCUUUUCUGGCUUGAAGCUUAAACUGUGUACAAAGACAAACUGAUAGUAAAGAUUAGGGGUAAUGGUAAGAUAGGAUAACAGACAAAUUUCCUUUGAAAUUUUAUCUUAAUGUUCGAUGAUCUUCAAACCUAGUUUGCAGUAUCUCAAAUCACUCUUUAGUUUGUUAACGUUAGAUUGUAAAAUCAUGUUAGAAAUAACAACCACUAUCAGCACGUUUGGAGUAGAGCUCGUCUCUCUGACUGUCCUAUCUUAAUAUUAAUAAUCUUUGCUGAUAUUAAAGGCUGUUUUAGUAAAGUUCCAACCACAAACGUACACUCUUUUUUGUGAUAAUCACUAACCAAAUGUGAACUUUGCUGCAGUAUUUAUAUUUGAAAAAUGGUCUUAGCUGUUACUAUAUACUUAUGUACUGAUUCUGACAAAAAUUGUUAAACAUACAGUACGACAAGAUUGAGAUGGCAAAUAUGAAUUCGAUGUCCACUGGCAAAUCUAAAAAUGGGAGGAGUUAUAUCAGUUAAUGGCUGAACUUUGAUGCUAUUGUUUCAGUGAUCUAUUUUUGUUCACUUGUGCAGUGUUACCAAAUUUAUCUAUUUUAAAUUUUUGCCUGUGUGCAUCUAGUUCUGACGAUUCCAAUCUUGUCGUACUGUACAUAUUUAAAAUAUACAAAAACCAAAUUUGGAUAGCAUACUUUUACAAAAACAUACAUAACAGUGUGUCUUAAAAAUUAUCCACCCUAUUACGUAAUUUCAUAUUAAACCGUUAAUAUAUUAUUAGCAUACUACGAGGUAAGUCUUAAGCCGUAACAUACUUCUUAAACAUGUUACAAACUUGCACGCUUGUGAUAAAAUUUGUUUUUCAAAAGAUUUUAUUAAAAUUGUAACAAAAAUUCAAGGCAGAUAAUAUAUGAGACACACUGUAUCUAAACACAAUGAAUUAAGGUGUUUCUAUUUUUCUUUC